UUCUUUAAUUAGAUUUUUGACUCAACUGGAGGGCAUGGAGUUCCUGGAACACAGCUACCUCAGAAUUGCAGUAAUUCUGCUGAGCAGAAAGUAGAUGAAUUUCUAAAUGUUUACUACUCAGCUCCAGAAAAUGCUUCAAAAGAAAAUAUCUGGGACAUCCAGUCAUUGGUUCGGUACCCUGAUGGCCAAGGAAUAAUGUUAACCCUCAAGCCAAAUCACAAAAUAAAUGAUGUGUUGAUCCUGGCUUGCAAGACUAAACAGAUGGAGCCAAGACAUUAUGGCUUACAACUUAGAAGGCUUAUGGAUGAAAAUACUGAAUGCUGCAUCCCUGAAAUGUAUGAAUAUAUUCAAGACCAGAUAUAUGAUGAAAUAGAAAUCUUUCCUUUGAGUGUCUACCAUGUGCAUCUUACUAAGAAAGAGGGUGUAGCCGAUUUUGGAUUUGCAGUCACUGUGCAAGUUGAUGAACACCAGCAUCUUACCCACAUCUUUAUAAGUGAUGUUCUUCCUGAUGGGAUAGCUUACAGAGAAGGCUUGCGUGUUGGCAAUGAAAUUUUGAUUAUAAAUGGAGAAUCUGUAUCUGAGCUUGACCUCAGGCAGAUGGAACUGCUGUUCUCAGAGAAAAGUGUACAGCUAACACUGACUACAAAUCUCAAGAGCACUAAGAGGGCAUUAUGUACUUCUUUGAAAGAUGGUCUCAUUUCCAAGGAUGGAAGAAAGUUGUUGCCCCCACCUAACCAAUCACAACUCUUGGAGGAAUUUCUGGAUAACUUUAGAAUGAAUACAGCAAACGAUUUCAGCAAUGUGCCUGAUGUUAAUGGAAGUCUAAAAAGGAGCAGCACAGAUGGCAUGCUUGACCAGGCUCCAGAGAAGGAGAAACUUGAUUUACCAUUCAGGAGCACUACGGAAAUUGCAGCAUUGUGUCCACAUUUCCAUGAAGCUCAGGUGAGUGGGAUGGAAGGAUUAAAAGAUGUUCCCCCUCUAAAGCCAUUGGCAAGACAACUUACAGAUGCAGACAGACUCCGGAAAGUCAUCCAAGAACUUGUGGACACAGAGGAAUCUUAUGUAAAGGAUCUGAACUGCCUCUUUCAAUUAUAUUUGGAACCUCUUCAGAGCGAGACUUUCCUUACUCAAGACGAGAUGGAGUCUUUAUUUGGCAGCUUGCCAGAGAUGCUGGAUUUUCAGAAGGUAUUUUUAGAGACGCUUGAAGAUGGAAUUUCCUCCUGCUGUGAUUUUAACACACUUGAAACCCCUUCUCAGUUUCGGAAACUGCUCUUCUCUUUGGGAGGCUCUUUCCUCUAUUAUGCUGAUCACUUCAAAUUAUAUAGUGGGUUCUGUGCAAACCACAUCAAAGUCCAGAAAGUUCUUGAAAGAGCCAAAACUGAUAACGCCUUCAAGGCUUUUCUGGAUGCACACAACCCCACUAAACAGCAUUCUUCCACCCUAGAGUCCUUUCUUAUCAAGCCUGUUCAGAGGGUGCUGAAAUACCCUUUGCUCCUGAAAGAACUGGUAUCACUGACUGACGUAGAAAGCGAGGAGCAUUACCACCUCACAGAAGCGCUGAAGGCAAUGGAGAAGGUGGCCAGUCACAUCAAUGAAAUGCAAAAGAUUUAUGAGGAUUAUGGUGCAGUGUUUGACCAGCUAGUUGCAGACCAGAGUGGAACUGAGAAAGAGGUCACGGAACUUUCCAUGGGAGAACUUCUUUUGCACUCUACAGUUUCAUGGCUGAAUCCAUUCAUGUUGUUAGGCAAAACAAGAAAAGAGCUGGAGCUCACAGUGUUUGUUUUUAAAAGGGCAGUCAUCCUAGUAUAUAAAGAGAGCUGCAAACUGAAAAAGAAACUGGCAGGUAAUGUCCGUAAUAAUCACAAUGAUUUGGAUUUGUUUAAAUUUCGUUGGCUGAUUCCUUUAUCUGCUCUUCAGGUUCGACUGGGUAAUACAGCAGGAACAGAAAACAGCAGUAUUUGGGAACUGAUUCAUACAAAGUCAGAAUUAGAAGGAAGACCUGAAACAACCUUCCAGCUGUGCAGCAGUGACUGCGAAAGCAAGACCAAUAUAGUGAAAGUGAUUCGUUCAAUUCUAAGAGAAAAUUUCAGGCGCCAAAUAAAAUGUGACUUGCCCUUUGAGAAAGCAUAUAAAAAUCGCCUAAUACUGCACAAGAAUCGAAUUCCUGUUUCAGCAAAAUUAGGUAAGAAAAUAUUUUAA